AUGAUACUGACGAAGAAGAGCAGACCUACCAGCAACAAUCAGUCGUGGACGUGGCAACAGGAAGGCAAUGAACCAACAAUCUGGACGUAUACUGAAAUUCCCGGAGUAAAGGAAGCAGCUUUACAGCACGUGAGUACAAGCAUAAGAGAAUUAGACGUUUUCUAUGUAAUAUUUAAUAGUACAUUUUGGGAAAACAUCGCAACUGAGACGAAUAGGUAUGCACAAGAUGUACUCAACAUUGAACAGAAGAGACGAAAAAUAGACCAAAAGUUGUCUCUUGUCGGCUGUAAUGAAAUAAAAAUAUACGUUGCGCUAUGUACAAUCAUGGCUGAAGUAAGGAAACCUUUGAUUCAGAUGUAUUGGUCUAGGAGGGCCGUUAUAGAAACGCCAAUAUUUAGGAAGACUAUGCCAUUCAGAAGAUUUCUGCACAUAAGUAGAUUUCUGCAUCUAGCGAAUAACAGUUUAGCCAACAACACAGAUAAGCUGUACAAACUAAGGCCAGUCAUAGAUAUGUUCAAUCAAAAAUUUAAGGAAGUGUACACAAUGCAAGAGAAUAUUCCCAUUGAUGAAUCAUUAAUGAAAUUUAAGGGGCGCUUAUCCUACAAACAAUUCAUCCCAUCAAAAAGAACGAGGUUUGGUAUUAUAAUUUAUAAAUUGUGUAGGUCAAGUUCAGGAUACUGCUAUGAUUUUAAGAUAUACACGGGUAGUGACAAAUGUGAUGCUAGUGGUAGUGACUCUGAAAGUAUAGUUCUAGAACUAUCACAGUCGCUAUUACACAACGGGUAUACUCUAUAUUUAGAUAACUGGUUUUCUUCACCAAAACUUUUCAAAACUCUCUUCACCAAUAAAACUAAUGUGAUUGGAACAGUGCUCUCAAACAGAAAAAAUAUGCCCACAGAAUCUCUGAAGGCAAAAUUAAAGAAGACAGAAUAUACAGUGAGGAGUUGUAAUGGAAUAUUGGCACUAAAAUGGAAAGAUAAACGAGAUGUUUACAUGUUUUCCACAAAACAUUCAACAGCAGAAAUGAUUGCCACAGAUACACCUCUCUGCUAUGCGUUGUGGAAACCGAAAUGUGUCAUCGAAUACAAUAGAGGCAUGAUUGGAAUUGAUCGCCAAGAUCAGAUGCUCUAA